UUGACUUGGGUUUUCUAGACCAGGAAAUUAGCGGUGACUCAGAAUAUCACUUCUCAACAGCAGUGGUGUCGUCCGAAGUACGAAGCAGAAAAAGAGUAUCCUAACUAUACUCGGAGGUUUUUCCUGAGAUAUUCACAAUCAAAACUUUUAAGAAUGUCGCUGUAUCCAUCCCUCGAGGAUCUUAAGGUGGACAAGGUCAUGAAGGCACAGACCCAAUUUGCCCAUACCACUGCUACCCCAGCCAUCGCUGAGGGGACCUACCAGCCACCGGCUGCUGGGCUGGGGAUGCCAUCAUCAGCCCUGUACCCGAACCUGGAGGAGCUGGGAGAGUACAUGGGCCUUAGCCUCGACAGUGAUGAGGUGCAGAGGAACAUGGCCUUGGUGCCCAUGGCAGACAAUCAGGUGGCGGUGUCCUCUGGCAUGGGCAUCAGUGGCAUGGUGUGUCCCGUGACGGGGUCAGACUUGGGCAUCAAGAGGGCAGAGAUCCGUCCCGGCCUGCGUGAGAUCAUCCUCUGUAAGGACCAGGAUAGGAAGGUCGGCCUGAGGCUAAGAGCCAUCGACAAUGGCGUGUUUAUCCAGCUGGUUCAGGCCAACUCCCCGUCCGCCCUAGGGGGCCUGCGCUUCGGGGACCAGGUCCUCCAGAUCAACGGGCAGAACUGUGCUGGCUGGAGCCUGGACAAGGCCCACAAAGCCCUGAAGGUUGCUGCGGAGACCCGCAUCGAGCUCAUUGUCCGGGACAGGCCGUUCCAGCGUACUGUCACCAUGCACAAAGACAGCUCAGGCCACGUUGGGUUCAUCUUCAAGUCGGGCAACAUCACCUCGCUGGUCAAGGAUGGUUCGGCCGCUCGCAACGGCCUGCUGACGGCCCACUGCAUCUGUGAGAUCAACGGACAGAAUGUUAUCGGCCUCAAGGAUGCUCAGAUCAAGGACGUCCUGACCACCUCUCCUACAGCCAUGACCAUCACCAUCAUGCCCAAGUUCAUCUACGAUCACAUGGUCAAGAGAAUGUCCAGCGGUCUGCUGCGGUCAGCCAUGGAUCACUCUGUGCCAGAGGUGUGAAGGCCGGAACGUGACCACGUCUCCUGCAGGAUGCCUACAAUCUCCAGAGUUCCCAUUGGGCCCCCAAAACAGCCAAUAGGGUCAACUCGCUCUCGCUCUCUGUACUGAAAAACUUAUUGUAUCACAGUCACCGCCUUCGUCUUUCAUCGUAGCAUAAUCUAAAUAUACCUUUUUUUUUUUUCAAUGGUUCAAAUAUUGUUAUUCGAUGUAGUUCCUUUUCUACUUCUAUCCCUUUUGUCUAUUUUUACAUGAUAACUCUUGUAGUCCAGUAUUGUUUUCUUAUAAUUAUGUUUGUGGCAUUGCAUCGAGUACACCUUUGUUUUAAAGCCAUGCGCACUAUCAUGAGUCCAGAGCUUCCCCAUAAAGAGCAUGGAAAUGGUUAUUUGGCUCGUGACCUUUCACCUUUUGUGUCAAAAUGCUGUAAAAGCCAAUGAUCUCCAUGGUUGUUGAUCAUAAACCUGUUCCCCUAUGCAGCUGGGACAUUACGCUGGGCGGACCCACUAAGUGCACUUUCCUGUUAGAAGUCGUCCUUCCUGUAACCAUUAAUGUUUUUUUUAUUGUUCCAAGUCGAGUCAAAAUUAACUACUACAUUCUUGUUGACAUAUGUUGAAGUAUGUAGAAGUUAACUGGGAAUGGAUUUGUUUGCACAAAGUAAUCAAGAAACUGAAGUUAUUAAUAUGUACGUAUCGAGGGUUCCAACAAUCAUUUCCUAUACUUGUUGAUUGAUGUGCACAGCAAGACGGAAAACGUGACCUGGGCUCAGAAUCACAAAACAAUUCUCACCAAAAAGUUACUUAAGAAACAAAGCAUUAACAUUUCCAAUAACCUUUUUGAGGAAUAGCAACUUUGCUUAACUCUCGUCAUAAGUCCAGAGUUAAGGAAAGAAAUGGCAGUUAAGAAGACAUUUCUUCUUAUGAAGGUUUUGUAAAUCUGGUCCCUGAUCAGUGAGUUUCUUUUUAAUAUUAGAAUGUUAUUUUAUUGCUCUUCUUGUUUGGAGGCGUGUUUUGUAUUGCAUUUUGAUGUAAUCUUUGAUAAACAACACACAGCCAUUCAUUCUGUAAAUGCUAGAAUCUAAAUGUUUCUAUACGAAUGUAAAGGGGAAGGGGGAUACCUAGUCAGUUGUACAACUGAAUGCAUUCAACUGAAAUGUCUUCUGCAUUUAACGUAACCCAAGAUAAUUCAUGUAAAACAAACAAAUAAAUAAUCAUUUUGUUCACAUUUUAAAUUUUGCUA